AUGCUUCUUGAAUCCAUUUCGUGGUGUCCUAACCUCGGUGUUUCUCAGGCGUGCAAAGCUUCUGCAGAUUACGAACAACUUAAGGAAGAUGAUCUAUAUCUUGACACUGCUUCUCCUCCAUUUCAGACUUAUGGUGAGGAAACAAGAAAAAGUUCAAGUCCAAAUUCACAACAGAAUGAAGUGAAAUCCUAUGCAUUUCCCUCUGCAUCUCUCGAGAUUCUGAGGAACAACUACACAAGCAAGCUGGGCAAAGUGAAUGGCAAAAGGCUACACGGGCUGAGCUCCGAGAGGGCACAACACUCGCCUCCGUUGUCAACUAAUGACAUCAUCGAGCUGGCUGCAUUGAAUUUCAUCAAAUCCAACGCGAAUGCCAUAGGUGAACUCUCUGCCCUCAGCCACCCUUAUGCUAGUGCCUUUUUAGGCGAGCACGUUGAAGACGUUCAACUGCUGCAGGAUCUUCUGUCAUGUGCUGAGAAAGUGAGCAAUCAGCAAUAUGUUGCUGCAGGGAGGCUUCUUUCACUUUGCCAUAACCCAGGCUUUAGCAAAGCAAAUGUGAUAAAGCGAUUGGUGUACUAUUUUGCUGAGGCUCUCCGUGACAAGAUUGCUCGAGAAACUGGGAGUUUCAGUGCAGAAACUAUGAUCAAUAGAAUGAAUCCCAUAGCCUCAGCUUCAGGUUUAGCAGCAUUUCACCAGAAACUGCCUCCUAAUCAGGUUACUCAGUUUGCUGGGAUUCAAGAACUGGUUGAUCAUGUCUCGUCUUGCAAAAAGGUCCACAUCAUCGAUCUUGAGAUGCGUUGUGGGCUCCAGCACGUGAUCUUGAUGCAAGCUCUUGCAGCCAGGCAAGAAUCCCCCCUCAAAAGUUACAAGAUAACUGCUGUGGUGGUGAGCUCGAGCCUCAUGGCCGAGGAGGCUGCAGGCGUUCGUCUCAGAAUUUUGGCUAAGUCAUUGAACUUGAGCUUCUCCUUCAAUGUGAUCAAGCUUGAUGACAUGAUGAAUCUUCAAAAGAAGCGUGAUUGUGAUGAGAAAAUCAUAGUCUAUGCAUCAAACGCGUUGAAGUUCAUGAUUGUGAAUCCAAACCAGCUAGAAUCUCUCAUGGGAUUCAUCAGGAACAUCAAUCCCUGUGUGAUGCUUGUCUGUGAACCCGAGGGCAAUGUGAACUCCCCGGUGUUUGUGAACCGUUUCGUGGAGGCCCUUUUCUACUAUGGUGCUUACUUUGAUUGUGUGGCAGACUGCUUGAAGAAUGCUGCGUUGGACAGGGAGUUUGUCGAGGCAAAUCUGUUUAGCCCUUCGUUGAGAAUUACUGUGGGAGCUGAGGGAGAGGAGAGGAGGUCUAGAAUUGUGGGGAUUAAUGUUUGGAGGGCUUUUUUUGCAAAGUUUGGAAUGGUGGAAAAGGAGUUGAGCUCAUUAGCACUUGAUCAUGCCAAAUUGAGCCUUAAAAUGUUUGAUUGUCGCGAUUCUUGCACGCUUGGUUUGAAUGGGAACAGCCUCAUUGUUCAAUGGAAAGGAACACCUAUAUGUUCAUUGUCUGCAUGGAGGUUUCACAAGAUCAGAGUUUAG